CAUCCGAUCAGUGCGCUUGCUUUUUGAUCUGCUAGCUCGAUCGUCUAUUUUUAGUCCCCCGCCGUGAUCACGUUGCUCAAGAUAUUUUUGUUUUGGUGACAGAAGUACUGCAGUAGAGGUGCUGUUUUUCCAAGUCAUCCCAAAAUGGACGUGGAAAAUAAUUCCGUGGAACCGACAAAGGUUGAACCGAGCUCGGAUCAGCCACCAACGGUGUUGGUCAAUCCAGUGACGGGGGAAGUGAUUCCAAACUUCAACACCUACCAACAGAAGAAAAAUCUCGCCCAAGGCAUGAUGGAUCUGGCCCUGGUAUCGGCCAACGCUAAUCAGCUGCGCUACGUGAUCGAAUCGUUUACCCGCCAUCCGUACUACUACUUCAGUUUGAUCUUCAUCUCGGUCAGCUUGGUUAUUCAGAUUGCGGUCGGCGUUGGACUGAUCAUGAACAGCCGUUACGAUGUGAAUGACAAACGGGAGAUCUGCAAGGCGAACAAAAUCAACGAUAUGGUCACGAUCGGAAUCUUUCUGAUAACGUUGGUCAACGUGCUGAUAUCGGCGUUCGGUGUCGCACCGCAAGUGAACUGAUCUUUGUAGUUUGACUUGGAUAUAACUGAGUGUGUGA